GAUUUCCAAGACGAAACUGCAUCAUCACAACGGACCCCGGCGGUUAGCAGAGACAUCGAUCGCGACAACGACGCACUCUUCUGCAAACACGCCAUCGCCUCCUCUGACUCUCCAGGGGUAGAAAAGCAGAAAUUGCAACGAAAUGAUGGGACCGUUGGCUAGACGGGCCCUGGGCGUGGCGGCGUCGGCUGCUCCCUCCACAGCCGAAGCGCUGGUCGGCAGUAAUGGCUCGCGAGCGUUCACAACGGCUGCCCGCCGCUCGUCACCGCUGCUCGCGGCAUCUUCGUCGUCGUCAUCUUCGUCAUCUUCGUCGGCAGCACGCUCGUCGUCGCCGCACGCAUCAUCACAGCGACGAAGAGAUCUUUCAAGUACAGUCACUCGCCACGCACCUCCACCGCCACCACCAGAGCCUGCGGUCUCGAAGCCGCUCGGUACGCCUCCCAACCCCCUGGGCACGCCUGGAAAUGCAAAGCCAGUCGAUGGAAGGAAUAAUGGCUCGUCAUCAUCCCAAUCACAGAUGUUUUCGCCACCACCCGCGCCUUCAUCAUCACCAUCAUCAUCAUCAUCAUUAGAGAAACAAGAGUACCAGUCUCCAACAUCGCUAUCCAAGGAGAAGCAGAGGGAAGAAGUGCCGUCGGACGAAGCAUGCGCCACUCUCAGCCCUAGCUCGCCCUCGGCACCGCGGAGCCAGGGCAAGGACCGAGAGAGGGAACGAUCAGCAGCGUCGCCGGCAAGCGACAAGGGCGAGGCGCCAAAGGCCAUCCCACCCGAGGUCGUCAAUCGACCGAGUGUAGGCAAGAAGGGAAGCGCAAGCGGCGGCAAAUUCAAGGCGCAAAAGGCAGCAAUCACACUGACGCCAACGGCUCUCGAAAGACUCAAGGACCUGCUCGACACGAGCGGCCGCUUGAUUCGAAUUGGAGUCCGCAACAAGGGCUGUGCUGGCAUGAGCUACCAUCUCGAGUACGUCGAGCCGAGCCAGGCGGGCAAGUUUGACGAGCGCGUCAAGCAGGACGGUGUCGAGGUCCUCAUCGACAGCAAGGCCCUCUUCAGCAUCAUUGGCUCCGAGAUGGACUGGCAGGAGGACAGGCUCUCGGCAAAAUUUGUCUUCAACAACCCAAACGUCGUCGAGGCGUGCGGAUGCGGCGAGAGCGUCAGAUUCGCUUGAGUGUCCUUUCACUGUGUACCAUGAUCAAUGAGCACUUUUCCCUCUUUCUGCUCCCCUUUGCCCCUUCAACUCUCUGGUCCUCUCUGGUCUUUCUAAGGUACUCCAGAUUGGGCGCACUUUCGUCGCAGACAGAUAUGAUUCACGGCUCGAAUCAGGGGAGAGAAGCUAUUGAAAAAAGAGGCAAAAACUACCGGUGAUGGAUCUCUUAGGUGCGCAAAAGGGGCCCUUCUCUAAACCUUUUUUAUGCCCUGUACCAUCUUCUUGAUAAUUGUGUCUUUCCCUUGCUACGCUUCCCUCAUCCACCACCCAACGCUCGCCCGUGUACAUGCCUGUUUGCUAGAGGUUCCCAUCUUUAUUCUCUU